GGGGAAAAGGCGGCACGUCCUGCGGGCCUUGCUAUCCUAGCUUAAUGGCAGCCUUUCGGAGCGUGUUUCCUGAAUGACCUCGCGCGAGGCCUGUGGACCCCCUCACACCCUGCGGAGUCUGCGCCACUGACUUCCGGUAACCGGGGUCUCCGUGACGUCAAACGCGGAGACUUCCGAUUCCGCUCGGGAGGUCUGGCUCAGUUGCUAGGUCCUCCAGUUCUCGCCCGGGUCCCGCGGGUCCUCCCAAAGUACCAAGCAGGUGGCCGCUGCCGGCCUGGGGACCGGGUGUGAAGGCCCGUGUUUGAGGACUUGCAGCAGACCUUUUGUGCGCCCUCCUAUCCAGCACUAAUUUGUUGACCAUCUACUCUGCAAGAUGCUGUAACUAGCCUGGGAUGAGUUGAUGUGGUCUCUACUUUCAUUUGCUUUAGAAGAGAGACUUGCAGAGAAGUAGGUACCCUACAGGGUAAGGUGUUGAGACACACAGGGCCAAUAUUGAGGUGAAGUGAGUUGGGCACUGAAUGCGAGAGGAAGCCCAAAAACUCUGUAAUCAAGGAUGAUGACUGUCUCAGUAUUAAAGUCUGCAAAAGUUCUGUACGUCAGCAGCCUCUAUCCCUGUCCAAAGAGCAGCUUCCACGAAACCAUUGAAGUUGUGCCUUGUAACACUUGGGGAAAGCGAGAGAGAAUGAAAAAGAACUCAGCUAGGUGGUGUUGGCUCAGAAUCUAGGCAAUUCUUCAGAUGAUCAUGGGUAUCCGAGGUCUAAUGAGUUUUGUAGAAGAUCAUAGUAAUGAGUUCUUCACUGAUGUUAAGUUGCGAGACACAAAAAUUAUCAUUGACGGUUAUGCCCUCUUCCACCGGCUUUACUUCAGUUCAAACUUGGAGCUGCGAUAUGGAGGGGACUAUGAUUCUUUUACAGAUGUUGUACAAAAAUUCUUUGAAUCACUAUUUGCUUGUAAAAUCUGUCCAUAUGUUGUCUUAGAUGGAGGAUGUGACAUUUCAGAUAAGAAGCUUAACACUUUAAAGGAUCGAGCUAGGGAGAAGAUCCAGAUGGCCCAUUCCCUUUCUGUUGGAGGGGGUGGGUAUGUGUGCCCCUUACUCAUCCGAGAGGUGUUCAUACAGGUUCUGAUCAAGCUGCAGGUAUGUUUCGUCCAGUGCUUUUCGGAAGCAGAUCGGGACAUUAUGACCCUUGCUAAUCACUGGAAUUGCCCCGUCUUAUCAUCCGAUAGUGACUUUUGCAUUUUUGAUCUGAAAAGUGGGUUUUGCCCACUGAAUGGCUUUCAGUGGAGAAAUGUGAACACCAUCAAGGGCACACGAGACCGCUACAUCCCUGCCAAGUGCUUUUUCCUCGAUGCGCUGUGCUGUCACUUUGGCAAUAUGAACAAAACGCUGCUGCCUCUUUUCGCGGUGCUGUGUGGAAAUGACCACGUUAAUCUGCCUGUCAUGGAGACGUUCUUGAGUAAAGUACGACUGCCUCUUGGGGCUGCCAAUUCUAAGGGUAGGAGACAUCACCGGGUGCUGGGACUUCUAAAUUGGUUGUCUCGUUUCGCUGACCCUACUGAAGCAUUAGACAGCGUUCUGAACCAUCUCCCCAAAAAGAGACGAGGAACCGUGAAGGAACUUCUGUGCAGAUCCAUGGAGGAGUACCUGCAAGCCCAGGGAAGGCUUCAGGACUUCUUCCAGCAUGGUGCUUACACCUGCCCAGACACCUGGAGUCCCGGUUUACCACCAUGGGUGCUUGCAGCCUUAGCCAGGGGCCAGCUGUCCCCUUUCAUCAGUGAUGCUCUGGUGCUGAGACGGACCAUUCUCCACACACAGGUGGAAAACAUGCAGCGACCAAACGCCCACAGAAUCUCUCUGCCCAUCCGGCAAGUCAUCUAUGGGCUCCUCAUGAAUGCUCCUCCACAUGUACGUAAUGUGGCCUGGGAUGCACUGCCUCCUCAGCCUCCAACUUUCAGCGAAGUGGAAAGGAUUAAUAAAAAUAUCAAAACAUCAAUUGUUAAUGCAGUAGAACUACCCAAGGAUCAUUCUGACUUAAGCAAAUUGACUGAGCUCUCCUUGGCUAGCCGGCAGAUGCUUCUGUUAGAAACGCUGAAGGUGAAACAGAGCCUCCUGGACCCAGUCCCUGCCGCGCUGAAGUUGCCUGUCGCUGUCAGCUGCUACUGGGUACAGCACACAGAGGCCACGCUGAAGCUGCAUCACCUACAGGCCCUGCUGCUGGGGAUGCUGCUGGGGCCCUUGCGUGCCAUGGUCAGCAGCCCUGAGGAGAAAGCUGUGCGGGGCGGUGGAGCUGAGACGCUGUAUGAAGAGCUGCAGAGAGUGAAGGCGCCGCCGGGCACACGGCUGGACCUGGACACCGCUCACGUCUUCUGUCAGUGGCAGUGUUGCCUGCAGAUGGGACUGUAUCUCAACCAACUGCUGUCCACGCCUCUUCCGGAGCCAGACCUAACUCGACUGUACAGUGGGAGCCUGGUGCAUGGUCUGUGCCAACAACUACUGACGUCGGCCUCGGUGGAGAGCCUCCUGCGCUUGUGUCCUGAGGCCCAGCAACUCUACGAACAUCUGUUCAAUGCCACAAGAUCCUGUGCCCCUGCUGAACUGUUCCUACCAAAGGGUAAAUUAAAUUCAAAAAGAAGAAAGCAGAAGAAAUCAGGUAUCAGCUGGUCAGAGAACAGAGUGGGAACCACCCUGAACACCAGGAGUUGGCAUGAAGGAAGCAAUCCGUUUGAGCUGUUGAUGGUGGAGACCUUGGAGAAUGAGGAGGCCCCAGAGCUCGAAUAAACUCAGUUUAUAAUUCUUAUCAAGAAUUUGUGUUACCUCCCUUGAAAUGAUAGUUUUUUCUUUAGAAUUAAUCUGUGAGAGGAUAAACACUGCAAUACUUUGAAUUGCAAAGUAUUUUGUAUUCUGCUUUUGAUAGUGAUUUAAGUAAACUUUUUGUAUUUCUUAAACACAUGUGAAAACAUGUUUGUACUUGCCACAUUCCACUUCAGUAAGUUAAUAAUAGUCUAGUCUUCAAAUUGCAGCAACUCAGUCCAAGCUAUGUUUUUUCAAAAAGAACAGAAGUCCUAUGUCAGUUACUUCCUAUAAGCUGAAGCUGACUUAUCAUCAUUUAAAACAACUUUUUUACAACUGUGUCUUCUUCAUCCUUUAUUAGGAAAGGUCUAGGCCCUGGAAGAUAGAAGCAGCCAGACAGAAAAUGAGACUCAAGUACUUUGACAAGAGCCCAUGGCAGGGCUGAUGAGCACUUUUAGAACAGAAAUUGAAACUGUUAAUUGUCCCAACAGUAGAAGAAACAGCAUCCUGGUAGUGAGAUGUGCAAGUAAUUUGAUGUCAUAGCCAGCAUUUUUAAAUGGAAUUAUCAGAUACACAUAUCAUGGAUUGUGCAACUUCUUACUGUGGACUGCAGUCAAGACUUUGAAAGGCACUGCUCUGGAACACACUAGAGGCUACCAACUUAGAAACACCUACAGAACGGUGAAGACAUGGCCAGUUCUAAAUAAAGAACUGAAAAUAGAAAAGCAAGUGGAACGAAUAUAUUUGGGCAAGAUCUGAGAGUAUACUCCAACCUUCAUUUUUUAUGUAUUCAUAUAAAUGGCGUUCUGCUGUC